AUGGCGCCCGAGACGCGGCCUGGUGGAAACGCAGGCCGGCCGCCGCCUCGUCCGUGGCCUCCGUGGGCAGUGGCAAGCCUCGCGGCCACUGGUGCGCUGGCGCUUGCGGGUUUGUACAUGCGAGGCGGCGAGUUAUCGUGGCCAGCGCUGUCGUCAAGGCCAGACGCGUCCGCGUCCGCGACAUAUUGCUAUGACAGCGUCACGACCCUCGCAGACGACCCGUCUGGAUCAGCAGGUCCCCACUGCUUCAGCGUCAGAAACGGCCGCUUCGCCAGUGUGGGACCGCUCGACACACUGGACCCCGAAGCCGCUGCCUCAGCUUCCGUCUCAAAGGGCCAUGUCAUCCCCGGCCUCUGGGAUGGCCACGGCCACCUCAUCCCCUACGGCGAGUUCCUGGCAUCCGUCGACCUGUUCGGCUCGUCCGACGACACGGAUGUCCGCCACCGCCUGCACACGUACCUGGAGGCACAUCCGGAUGUCGGCGGGCCCGACAAGUGGCUGCGCGGCUUCGGCUGGGACCAGAUGGCCAUGGGCGGCAUGCCGACGGCCGACCUGCUGGACACGGCCGAGCUGCAUGGGCUCUACAUCAUGCUCGACCGCGUCGACGCGCACUGCAUCUGGGUGUCCAAGGCCGUGCUGGGCCUUCUGCCCGACGACCUGGCGGACAUCCCCGGCGGCGAGAUUGUGCGCGACCCGGGCCUGGGCGUCUUUUGCGACAACGCCAUGGAUCUGGUCAUGACAAAGUACCCGCCGCCCAGCAGGGCGACCAAGACCGAGUACAUCCGGCUGGCCAUGCGCGAGAUGCGCUCCAUGGGCCUCGUGGGCAUGCACGACGCCGGCGUGGUGCCCGAGGACCUGCGGCUCUACCAGGAGCUCGCCGGCGCCAGCGGCCGCGGGCACGUGGAUGAGGGCUGGACGAUGCGCGUCUACGCCAUGGCCGAGUGCCCGGAGCGCAACACGCUCUGCCUCGACGACGUCGGCGUGCUGCGCCAGCAAGAGGGCCGCAGCGCGUUUUUGUCGGUGCGCAGCGUCAAGCUGUUUGCCGACGGCGCCCUGGGCAGCUGGGGCAGCGCCCUGAUCGACCCCUACAGCGACCGCCCCGACACGUCCGGGUCGCUGCUUGUCGACGCCGCCACCCUGGCCCGCCUCACCCACGACUGGGCCGCCGCCGGGUUCCAGGUCAACAUCCACGCCAUUGGCGACCUCGCCAACCGGUACGCCGUCGACGCCUUCGAGGCCGCCCUCGUGGCGCUGUGCCAGCCGCCCGCGGGACCCGGAGCCCUGGCCGACUGCCAGCGGGACCGCUUCCGCUUCCGCAUCGAGCACGCGCAGAUUAUUCACCCGCUCGACCAGGCGCGCAUCCACGCCCUGGGCAUUCUGCCGUCCAUCCAGCCCACCCAUGCCACCUCCGACAUGGCCUAUGCGGCGCGCCGACUGGGCCCCGCGCGCACGCGCGACGAGGCCUACCGCAUGCGCUCCUUCUUCCGAGACGCCCUGCUGCCGCCGCCCGUACUGGGCAGCGACUUCCCCAUCGAACCGCCCGACCCGUUCCAGGGCAUCUACGCGGCCGUGGCCCGGCGCAGCCCGCACACGGGCCUGAGCGCCAACGGCACCACAGAGCCCUGGUACCCGGCCGAAGCACUGACACUGCACGAAGCGCUGGUGGGCUUCACGCAGGGGCCCGCGUACGGCGCCUUCUUGGACGGCCGCGCGGGUGUGAUCCAGCCGGGCGCCUUGGCCGACUGGGUGGUGCUGGACCGGCCGCUGGCCGAGUACGACCUCGAGGAGCUGCGCAGCAUGAAGGUCCGCGAGACAUGGGUCGGGGGGACGCGGGUCUACCAGCGGGAAACUAUCCCAGCUGAGCUGUGA